AUUGAGUGGACUAUUGAGUGAAUGAGUGUUUGAUUGCAUUUAAAACACUAUUAAAUGAAUUGUGUUUUGAAUGCCAUUUGAAUACAUGUUUUAAUGAAGACUUUUAAUCACAUUUUAACACAUAUUUUGAAUCGAAAACAAAGAAAUCGUCGAAACUAUUGAGGAAUGGAUUUCCUAAAGAGUGGUUGGAAUACCGUUUUGGGCACUAAUCCCGACACCAGUCAGCCGUCGGUCGCAGAAACCGUCGAGAAACUGGUCGAAAGGGUCGAGAGUUCAACACUUCUGGAGGACAGACGGGACGCGUGUCGGGCCCUGAAGUCGCUGUCAAAGACUUAUCGUCUAGAAGUGGGCGCACAAGCCAUGGAUGCCUUGACUUAUGUCCUCCAAAACGACUCGUCCGACACUGAGAUAAUGAGUUACGCCAUCGAUACUCUUAAUUAUGUCAUCUCUGGACCCGUUGACGACAUGACAGAGAAUCCGGUGCCGACGCCGACCCCUAUGGCAACGACUUCUGGCGCCGCUUCACCCGAUUUGGGCGUUCAGUUCACUGAAAUCUUUGUCAAACGUAAAGAAAAUGUGGCACUUCUUCUGGAACUGUUGGCCGAAUACGACUUUAAGGUUCGCUGGCCUUCAGUUAAACUACUGAUUGGUUUGUUGAGGAAUAAGUUACGCGACUGUCAGGACUGUAUUCUCUCGUAUCCAAUGGGUGUCUCCCGACUCAUGGAUCUGUUGGCCGACAGUCGAGAAGUGAUACGAAACGACGCGUUAUUACUUUUAGUCCAUUUGACGCGAAGUAAUGCCAAUAUUCAGAAGAUCGUCGCCUUUGAGAACGCUUUCGACCGACUUUUAGAGAUUGUGGCCGAAGAAGGAUACAGUGAUGGAGGUGUUGUUGUGGAGGACUGUCUCAUAGUAUUGCAAAACCUAUUAAAACUCAAUUCAUCGAAUCAAAACUUUUUCAAAGAGGGCUCUUAUAUCCAAAGACUAUUACCAUUCCUCGACAUCCCCAACGCCACCGUUUGGAGCGCACAAAAGGCCACAAACCUCUUGUUUAUGCUUCAAGUAAUUCGUACACUCGUCUCGCCUAACAAUCCACUACAAGUGACCACUUCUUGUCAAAAAGUUAUGCAACAAUCGGGUCUUUUAGAGAAGUUGUGUCUUAUUUUGAUGGCCAGUGGAAUCCCUGCAGACAUUCUUACAGAAACGAUUAACGCCGUAUCGGAAGUGAUUCGCGGCAAUCAUCACAAUCAGGAAUACUUUAGUACAGUAAACGCACCGACAGUUCCGCCAAAACCAGCGAUUGUAGUGCUAUUGAUGUCAAUGGUUAAUGAGAAACAGCCGUUUGAAUUGAGAUGUGCUGUUCUCUACUGUUUCCAAUGUUUUCUAUACAAGAAUGAGCUUGUGGUUGCGGUGACUGCGGGACAGUUACUUUGUGGCGGUCUCUUCAGCGCAGACGGUCUGUCCAAUUGGUUUGUUUCGGUUGCUUUGGGCCACGCGUUGGUCGACAACACGACCCAAAAAGAGCAGCUGUUAAGAGUGCAGUUGGCCACCGAUGCGGGAACCGCUCCCGUCUCUCUUCUAAAGCAUUGCUCAACAAUACUUCAAAUUGGAGGCAAUUUUCAGAAGAGAAUCAGUCUAUUGAUGCUGUUAUGUACGUGGCUUUCGCACUGUCCUCUCGCUGUACAGCACUUUCUCAAUAUUCCCACAAACAUCCCAUACCUGACCUCUCAAGUGGGUCUCGUAGAGGGCGAUGACCUCGAGAUUCUUAUACAAGGAAUCUGUGCUUUCCUUUUGGGAAUUUGUAUUCAUUUUAACGAUAAUUCUGUUCCAAGUUUUACGAAAGAAGACUUGUGUCAAUUGAUUGUCAAGAGAAUAGGUUUAGAAAUAUUUUUGGACAAAUUGGGCUCCAUUUCCAAGAAUGAGAGUUAUAGUCAAGCCGUGCAAAGACCUCAACUUUCCUACAAACGCACUGAAGAUGUACUUUUUGAUUAUGAAUUUUGCCGUCUUUUUAAAUCACUUGAAGGGCUUGUGAUAAAAGCCUCGCAAUCAAAACCCGGUGAUUUAGUCAAUGGCCCGGAAUCUAAUAUGACGGCCGAUGAGCACCGACUGCUCAACCAAUACAAAGAAGUAAUCCGAGAACAGGACCAACAGUUGACUAUUAUUAGACGCGAGUUCUGUGUCCUAAAGGAAGAGCACAGCAGGAUAUUAAUGCAAAUGCAGGAACAGUCGUCCCAUAUUCAACAGCUUAAGGACCACAACGCCUUACUAAAGGCCCAGAAGUCGUCUCCUCUCAGCCAUACGGACCCCUUUGCCUCCAAUGCCAGUCCCGUUACUAAUAGUAACGAAUGUAACGAACAUAUGAUUCAGAUCCGGAAUCUGAUGCAAGACAUUCAAAAACGAGACAACGACAUAGCAUUCCUCAGAAAUGAAUUGUCACUCAAAGUACAAGAAUCGCAAGAAAGUGGUGUUCAAGAGUUGCAAAUUGAAAGUCAAAACAGUCAAUACGAAAGUCUUGUCAACGAAAACAGAGAAUUGCAUGAAUUGACGGCCAAAUUAAGGGACGAUUUGAAUGUGAAUGAAAAGAAUGCGUUGAAAGAGAUGGAGUCGAUUGGAUCGGAUCGACACAAACUGGAGUCUGAAUUAGACACUGUGCGCAAAGAACAGGAAGACCUACUCGUGUUGCUCACAGAUCAGGACUCAAAGCUCAGACAAUAUAAGAAAAAGCUCAAAGAAUUGGGACAAACAAUUGAAGACGACGACGACAUUGAUAUUAACGAUAUCGACGAAUCGGACAUUGAAUCGGCGAUUAUAAACUGA